ACAAGCCUGUCGUUUCUGCCAUGAUGUCGAAUCCGCGUAAAUUUAGCGAGAAAAUAGCACUUCAUAAUCAGAAACAGGCCGAAGAAACAGCAGCAUUUGAAGCCAUUCUCAGAGAUGUAUCAUUUGCAACCAAGUGUACUUCACAGAAGAGCUACCCUCCACAGCAGCACCUACAGUUGCAUCAAAACAUUGGGACGCAGUAUCGCGCAGGAUCGCUGCCCAAUGUCAAUCAGAUGGCCACAAAUUCUCCCAUUGAUCUUCCAUCUGCUCUGAGGGAUUUUGAGGGCAUUCGAGCUAGUGGGUCAAUACAUAACCGAGUGGACGGGCGAAUACACAAUGUUCGUGACAGGGGCAGACAACUCGGGCCACACAGAAGAGCUUUUCCAAUGGAUAAACAAAGGAAUGACUGCUCCCCGUAUGGCUCUGCAUACCUUUCCCCUCCUCCCGACACAAUAUGGAAGAGGACUCAAAUGAUUCGAAACCAUGAUUUACCACGAACAAAUUCGGACUCUGCUAUUCACACCAGUACAAUGGGACCUGCGGUCAGUUCUGACCUGGACAACAUGCACAGUCCUACAACCCCCCCUCCUCAUCGCAGAAUUGUGGAAAUGGUAGGAGAGAAUAUGGGGAAUGAUAACAUGAGAAAAGGAUACUGGGACCCCAAACAGAUGCCUGGUUCCCGGCCCAAAUCCUGUGAAGUUCCUAACAUCAAUAUUUACCCCUCUGCUGAACAAGAGAAUAACACAGGAGGCAUGACAGUUCCAAUAACAAAUAACACAGGCUCAUUGCCCGACCUUACAGUCCUGCACUUCCCCCCUCCUCUGACCACCCCUCUAGAUGCUGAACCAGACCAAAACUAUGUGACCCAACCCACCAACCUCUCUCCCACUAGUGCCCAUCAUGUUGGAAUGGUGCCACAGCAGUCAGCUAGUCCACAGGCCCAGAGCCCUGCCCAGAGGCGGCGGCCCCACCAAGGUGGUCCCAGUCCACUUGUUUUGAGCAGCUCCCCCUCACAACAGAUGAGGAUGCCCCAUUCACCACCAGUUAGUGUUCCUAAUAUCGACCCUAGUAAAUUGCCCAUGGAUCCGCGGAUAAAACAACAGUUUUUGUUACACUUACAUCAGCAGCAGCAGAGACAUAGGGCACCCAAUCAUUCAUAUCAGUCGCAGCCCCACCCCAACCCCCACCCAGGGGGAGUGGGAGCACCCCACCCAUCUUCACAGCAGCCUCCAAAUAACUCAGUCUUACAGAAUCCUCAACAAAGGUUACCACAAGUCUGUAUAACUUCCGCCGAACAAAAUGAUUCUCAGCCUUCAUUAUCACAUUAUAGAAACAGUGUAUCAGAAAACUGUCAGUCACCCACAUCACCCCACUCCCAACCAUCGUACUCCCCCUCCCAGUCUCCAGGACUUCCCCCCUCCACGUGGAAUAACUUUGACAACUACCAUCUACAGCAACAACAGCAGGCUCUUCAACACCAAUUUGAACAGUUCAAAAUGUCACCAGACAACCAUUAUUCAAGUGCUGACAAUUUAAAUCUCUCUAAUGGGGUCAGUAGUGGAAGCUAUACCACUUCUCAGCCCUCUGUCAACAUGUCUCAGGCAAUGAUGCAUGGCCUGACAGGGAGUCAGGAGUUCCACCAGCAGCCCCACCCCUACUACAUACAGCAGGCUGAUGUCGGGGGUGGAUCGCGGGGGAUGAACCAAGCCCAGCUUCAGCAGUCCCCGCAUCACCUCUCUCACCACAGCAAGAUUCCUGAUAUUGUGUUUAAUGGAGCUGAUGAUACAAAUUCAUAUCAACAAGACUUUGCUAAAGAAUUGGGUAAUGCUAUUACAGGGAUGUCAGAGAGUUUUGCAGAUGAUUUGUUUGCCUCCGACGAAGAAGUUCUCAAAGUGGGAUUAGGCCCCUUGGAUUUCGAUGGACUUCAGAUGUUAACAGACCCAAAUCUGAUUACAGACCCUGCUACUGAGGACAGCUUUAAAUUAGAACAUAGGUCCUAGAUCUGUGAUCUACAUGUGAACUUAGUAUCUCAAAUAAUUUAUUAUAAAAUGGCCUCCAAGCAUUUUAUAGUUGUGUAGAAUUUUGAUAGUUUUCAUUUGAUGAUAUCAGUUCAUUAGUUGCAAACAGAAUGAUAUGCUUUUCUGUAGCCUCAUUGUGAAGAUGCCUCGUGUGUAACUAGCGGCCACCAUUUUAUUUCUGUAUCAGGAUUCAUACUUAAGAGGUCAGUGCUUUCCAAGACUAUGUGUGCUAUAAACCUAGCAAUUGGAGAUGGUGCCACAGUGAUGUUGAAGUACAUCUUUUAUUCACUGAGCACAAGUGCUGUGUGCUCUUCGUUAAAAAAAAUCAGAAGUAUUAUUCAUUGUCAACAAAACUGCCACCAACCAGAUUCUUCAAGACAUUCCAAAUUAUUCUGCAACAGAUACUUGUUAUUUCCCAUUGUGUGUGCUGCCUUACGUACGAUAUCUAAAGGAGAUCAUCUAGGAAUUCUCAUCAAAGGAUUGACAGACAAUCAAACUCUCCAUUCAAGGAUUUAUUUAAGCUGUAGUUUAGUCUACAAGUGCUUUCUUUUUACUUCUUUGUUGCCUGAGCCAUAUUUAUAAAUUAUUAAGAUACAGGUUUCACCAAAACCCCAUCCUCCUCUCCAGUAUAUUAUGUUUUUUUUUUUACAGAGCCUGCUAAAUCUGUUCUUCUGCACUGAUUUAAAUGUAAGAUGUUACAACGAUGGCUUGUAUUUUUUUUAAUGAAAAUACAAUGUAUGCCAAUUUUUGUAUAGAAAUGAAGUGAAAAAAAAAAUACUGUAAUAGGGAUGAAUAGUUUUAAGAAAACCAAUGAGGGUUGUCACACAACCAAAUGUAAAUAAUCUUACAGUUAAUUUUUGGUUUGUGACUAACUUGUCAGGUUUUUUUGCUUUUCCUAAGGUCAAGUCCAUCCAUCUUGAAUAUUAAACUUGUAUGGUACCCAGUUAACCUCAGAUAUAUUACAUAUACUGUCAUCACAUGAACAUUAAGAUGCCAAUAGAAUCUCACAUGUCUUCAUCAAGUCUCUGUAUUUAGUCUUGUAAGAGCUGCUUGCAAGUUCUCAUUUGCUUACAUACUUAGAUUUGAUGAAUUAGAAUUUUGAAUUACAUUUUUUACAACUAAAGUAGAAUCCUGAACACUUGAACAUAUUUAUUUGAUAUUCAGAUGAGAUUCAGGAUAAUUUUGAACAUUUAUGUAGAAUUUUUGUUUCAACUCUCAAAGAAAUUUAUCACUCAGUAGUUUUUAAAAUCUCAUUUGUAUGUUAAUAUAAGAAAAAAUAUUACACACCUUUAUUAUAUCUUUUGUAUUUACUUAAAAUAAGGCAGGCAACUUAAAGUUAAACUUGUAUUAUCCAGAGCAUGUAAAUGAUAGAGUGUCAACAAACCAAAAGCUAGUCGUACAUGAACAUGGAUGUAUAGAGGUUAUUUUGAUGAUGAUACAGACAGGACAGACAGUCUUCACAAAAGAAUUUUGAUAUCAAGAGUUACUGGUUUUAUUAUAGUAAAAUAGUCGCUUUGUUAUUUAUAGAUGUCUAGGUAUAAUACGUGUAAUAUAUAACAAUGAAAUUUUGUAUAAUUUUUAUUUGCAAGUCCAUGAUUCACAUACAGUACAUACUAGAAGUCACAUACGAGACAUGUUAUUCAUUUAAAACAGAGACACUGAAACAUUCUGAAGAUGGGGUUGUAUAACAAAUUGUCGAGCCACAUGCAGAAUGUGCAGUUACUUUCUUUGGCAGCUACAUGUUUAUGUAUUGCUUUGAGCAAAGGCAAGGCCCUUGGCUGUCAAAUUUGUCAUUUAAGGGAUAUGAGUGAAAAAAAAUCAUUUUAUAUUAAGAAUGAGUCAAUUUCAACAGUUAUCUGCAAGUCAGGUGUACCAAAAUAACAACAUGGAAAGAAAACAGAAGCAAAGGCUUCAAACCUCAGUAUCUAAUGGACUGUCAAAGAGCAAGCUUUUUUCUUCUCAAUGCCUGAUAGUCAGCACAAAGACAGUAGCAUCUAUUUUAUAUUUGAAAUUAACAGCUUGGAGGAAAGUACUAAAAACAAAAAUCACUUAGUAUUAGUCUGGGCAUUGUUAAUUUUUAUAUCGCAAUUGUACUGUAAUUCAUAAAAUGGCAUCCUGGAUAUAAAGUUAGAGAAAGAAUGAAGAAGCUUUCAGCUUAUCAUGUAAAAGUUUAACUCAAAUUGAUCAAAAAGUCAUUUUUCAUGUUUAAGGAUAUACUUUGAUUUUAUCAAUUUUUGUAUAGAUUUUAUUCCUUUAAUACAUGGUAUAAAACAUAAUUUGUGUAUAUUAGUGCAAUCUGUCUUUUGUACUUAUAAACAUACUGUUCUAUGUAUGACAAGCUUAAAUCCAUGACGGUAUUUUCUUACGUGAACACAGCCAUCUAUGUAUGUUGACUUUUGCCUCAACCUUUGAACUAAUAAGACCUCUCUUUACACUUUGUAUAUCACUUGACAAACACCCUGUAGUGCAUUGUUUUGUUGUUGCCUUGUAUGAUUCUGUUGGGUUUGUGAUGUUUGUGAUAAAUGUCUGUGAUCUUACUCAGAAACUACUUAACAUUGUUAGUUAAAUGUAUCAAAAUCUUCAAGUGCACAAACCAUGUAGAAUCAAAAAUCAGAUUGUGAAAUUUGUCAAGGGUAUAGAAACUUCAUUUACUUAAUGAAAAGGCCUCUAUAUGCGAUAUUAGACGUUAUGGAAAAUGAAUGUUCAAAUGAAAUUUAUUUUUGAGGGAACAGUGGGGCAUUCCUCCUUAAAACAGAUACCAUAUGGCGGGUUUUUUGUAGCAGGGUGCUAAUUUUGGCACUUUGAUAAUAGUCCACCAAAAUUUUAAUCGCUAAAAUAGUCAGUACUCUUCUUAGUGUCCAUCUGCAAAUAGCUGAAACCCUGCGCCCGCUAAAAUAAAUUACGCCAAAAUUAUUGGCAUACCUUUGAGCAGGCAAAACGCCAAGAAAACCCACUAUAUGGUAUCAUGGUUUAUUGAAAAAUGGAAUCUACCCGCUUAUGAAUGGCCCUCAAAUGAGUAUUGAUUAAUAAUAGUUCCUACCAAUUAAGGAAUGAGCCAAAUCAAUAAUAAAGGACCCCAUUUACCUCCAUUUUCAGGUGCUGUUAGAAAAUAAAUGCUGUUUUGUAAAUUUAAUUCUGCAUACACAGAAGUUGACAAAGGACUGCAAUUGUUAGAAUUCCCUUUUUUUUUUUUUUUUUUUUUUUUGAUUAUAUGAUUUUGUUACAUAUCAACUUUUAAAUUGGUCUGAUUAGAAACAUUGUUUGUGAUCAUAGCUAUGAUGAAAAUUCCAUUUAUUUAUUAUUUCUGAUUGGAAAGAAUCAGGUGAAUCUAUUUCUGUUAAUGGAUGGGUAAACCUUAAUAAUUAGCUAUUGUAAUGUCCAUGUUGCUUUCAGAGAAUUACUUGUUGCAAGAGCUGGUAAUUGACAAUACUGCAUCAAGCAAUGUACUACCCCCGGUUACUAAAUAAGCUUGCUUUUUUUGUAUAUACAGAUAAUAUGCAAUGGUAAUUCUUUAAAAUUUCCAUUGUACAUCAAAUGUUUAUACAGAAAUGAGUUUCGUGAUGUUUCUUCAUGAAACAAUGAAUAUUAGCAUUGUUAAUGCUAUAUAUGUUCUUAUGAGAAGUCAGUUGGGCCAUUGUCUAUUUAAAAGUAUUAGAAAGAAUCAAAUUUGUGUGAAUGAAAUAGAUAUAAUAAAUUUAUAUAUGCCUGUGGUCUCGCUUGAAUGCUUUUUGUUGCUUCUUUAUGGUCAUAGAUGCACUGGAUGUUGAUUGUGUAUAGUUUUUAUUGGCUGUGUAGAUGUAGACCUCACACUUUGAGUCAUUUUAAUUGGUGCAGUUCAGUUAUGAAUUAUGUAUGUCCUCGUUAUUUAUCUUGUUUGUAUGUAUGUUUUUCCCCUUUUUACGGUGUGUGUUUGUGAGAUGAUAAUGAGGCAUGACCUUCCACUGAAAAGGGAGAUAAAUUGAGGCCAUAUUCAUUUUUUAAUUGUAUUGAAUAUAACAUUUUAGUAAUAUUUGGUGUGCAAAUUGUACUAUGAUAUAUUGUCUACCUUUGACAAGGAGGGUCGUGCUAUUUUUAGGUACAUGUUCUUUCAUUGUUGUUAAUGGAUAAUAACCUGGGUUAAAUGCAGCCUUUUUUUAUUAUCACUAUUUAUCCUUGUUCUGUUGCAUGUAUUCGUUUCUUAUGGAGAUAUUUUUAUGAACAAUUAACUUUUUUAUAUUGCACACAUUUUUUUGUAAGAGAAAGAAAAAGUCUAGAUAUAAAAAUAUAUAUAUUUACAUCUGUAUACUUGUAUAAAGUUUAAAGAGAAAUGUCUUUUUUUGCCAUAUAAUAUAUUGUUUUAUGGAUCUUUUUGCUCAUUGAUGACAUUUGAUGGCUGUGUUCUGUAUAUAUAAGGGUUUUUAGCAAUGUCACCUAACACAUAGUCAUCAUCUUCAUCCUCUUUUGUUAUGUGAGACUUGUUGUCCAGUAAUAUCGGAUCUACUGGAAUAAAUAUAUGUAAUUACCUGA